GCGCUUAAAUUUUCCUCACUAUUAUAUAAACCCAAACUGCAACAAGAACCUCAGCUUAUAAUUUUUUCCUUGAGGGGUUUCAAAAUGUGUCCUUCCGGAAGAAGCUUGCUGUCGGGAACAGCCGCAGCAAACUCGGAUUUCAGGUCGGCAUUCGACGCCCUGGAUGCCGAUCGCGACGGUAAGAUCAGCAGAGAAGAUUUACGGGCGUUUUAUGCGGGGUUCUGCAACGGUGGUGACGAGGACGAGAUGAUCGGAAUGAUGAUUUCGAUGGCGGAUUCGAACAGGGACGGGUUCGUGCAGUACGAGGAGUUCGAGCGCGUUUUGGGGUAUAAGAAGAAGGCGGCGGCCACAGAGGUUAUGGAGGAUGUGUUCAGGGUCAUGGACAAGGACGGCGACGGGCGCUUGAGCCAUGAGGAUUUGAAGAAUUAUAUGAAAUGGGCGGGUUUUUCCGCUUCCGAUGAAGAUAUCAGGGCCAUGAUUAAAUUGGGAGGUGGAGACGAAAACGGUGGCGUUUCUUUUGACGGUUUGCUCAAGAUUUUGGCCGUAGCUUGAUUGGGAAUAUAUUAUUUAUUGAUGAAUAAUUGUGUUCGUGCAGAAUGCCAACAAAAAAUGGGUUUUUUUUGGAUGCUAUUAUAUAUGUAAGUACUAAUGAAUGAAUUGGCCACGU